GCUGGUGGGUGGGGAGGCUGUCUCUGGUCGGGGGAAACCCUCUAAGAGAGUGUAAGGGCACACCCCCUGUGAGGCGUGCGAAGUGUGGGGGAAUGGGUUAAGGGCUCUGUAGGGUUUAAAAAUAAAAAAUAAAAGGCUGGUCGUGUUAGUCCUGGAUGGCUGAGGUCUGUGUGGCUCUGUGAGUGGAUUGUUUUAAGUUAUGUUUCUGUGUAAAACUAGCGCCUGUCAGAACAGAAAGACUAAUUAGAGCAAGAGUGUCUGGUAUAUCUGAGUGAUGUCAUUCUUCGUAUUAUGCUCCGUGUUAUUCUCUGUGGGAAGAAUUAAGCACUGAAAGGCAGGCUGUUCCCUCCUGUUCACUGGUUACCUGCUGGAUGUGUUUUAAUUUACAUGUAAUGCUCAGCAACCUGUGGAAGGAACUCCGGCUUUUCUUCCGUCUCCUAUGAGAACAGUAUCAUAAGGAAAAAAAAUUCAUUAUGGAUACCCUUGCUUAUAAAUUGGAAUUUGGUAAAGCCUCUCAGCUUUUUGGAAAAUAUAGUAGUAGAUGCUUCAUUUGGAAAAACAAGAUUGUGUGGAAGAGAGAGGAAAUGAGUGGAAAAAAAGAAAAAGCCCCCAGAAAGCCUAAAAGCUAACUAAAGCUGACUAAAAGCUACAGCUGCAGUUAGAUAAAGCUGUGCAGAGAUAAAUCCUUCUUCCCUCAGUGGAGGAGUGAAGGCAGCAAGUGAAAACUUAGAAGCAAACAAUCUGUUUAUAUGGCUCCUUUAGGUGAGGUGUUGAAAUUGUCCCGUGGGUCUUCCCAUUCCAGCUAAAAUGGGUUGGGUACCUUAAUGUUUUCACAACUUGUUGACUAACCCAGCUGAUGCUUUAAGUCAGCUAUAUAUAAAGUAAAAAAUAGCUAGUGUGAAUAGUGUUGUGGUUAAUCCCUUUAGCUUUGGGGUCUAAAUAAGUCUCUGUGGCAAGCAUGCUGAGCUGUACCGGUCUUUUAAUGUAUCUCCUGUGCUUGCUACUGAUCUUUCUGUAGAAAGACCUUGAUGCUUUCAGUGGAGUUCUUAGAUUUUGUCCCAAGCAUUUCUCAUUCCUGGUUCUGGCUGGCAAUGCAAAAUAGUUUCUUCUCUAUUUUCACUUCUCUCAAAUUAAAGAUUACGCAGAGUUUAAAAAAGGAAAAUUAGAGAAGUGUUCAUACCUUUUAAAUUCAUGUUAUCUUGCUGUUUUGUUUCUGUGUUACUACUGAUGGCAAGUAAAUUUAAAAUGCAGGGCAGCCAAAGGUUUGCUAGAGAAAAUUCUGCCUUGUGGUGAGUGAAGUUCUGGGGUUUUAAUGCCCUGCUUAGCCUAGCUGGGAGGUGAGCUAGCUAAGCAAGAUCUGGGGAGCCAAUACAAUACUCUGCUUCUGCUGCAGAUGUGCAUCUCCUGGAUUUAGAUAACAGAUGCACAGCCUUUAUGUACAGCUAAGACCUCUCAACUAUAGAAAUUGAACAUUGUGUUAAGAGCGUAAGGCUCUCCUAACAACAUUAGCUGCAGAUUGGUUGAUAACUUUCAUUCACAUUCUUCCAUGAAGAAAAAUAAGUACUUCUAUGCUGCAGAACCAGCCACAAAGGCACUAUGGAAUUACCUCUCCAAUUAGCUUGGCUCCUCCUAAGGAUAUAGACUAUAUUCAUACUCAGAAGCUAGUUGAAGCAAUGGAGUCAUUUGGAGUGUUUGAAGAUGAGGAGGAAUUGAAUCACAGGCUGGUUGUUCUUUGUAAACUGAAUAACUUGGUCAAAGAAUGGAUUUUUGAACUUGGUGAGAGCAAGAACCUUCCCCCUUCAGUAGUAGAAAAUGUUGGUGGCAGAAUAUUUACAUUUGGUUCUUACAGGCUUGGAGUACACACCAAAGGUGCUGACAUAGAUGCUCUUUGUGUUGCUCCUAGACAUGUGGAAAGAUCAGAUUUCUUUCAGUCAUUCUUUGAAAAGCUAAAGCAUCAGGAAGAGAUAAAAAAUCUAAGAGCAGUAGAAGAUGCAUAUGUACCAGUUGUCAAGUUUGAGUUUGAUGGCAUUGAGAUUGAUCUCGUGUUUGCAAGACUGCCUGUGCAAACUGUUUCUGAUAAUCUUGAUCUCAGAGAUGACUCACGUCUGAGAAGCCUGGAUAUAAGAUGUAUACGGAGCUUAAAUGGCUGCAGAGUUACUGAUGAAAUACUGCAUCUAGUACCAAAUAAAGAGAACUUUCAGCUCACACUCCGUGCAAUUAAACUGUGGGCAAAACGACGUGGUAUUUAUUCCAACAUGCUGGGAUUUCUUGGUGGGGUUUCCUGGGCAAUGCUAGUAGCAAGAACAUGUCAACUCCAUCCAAAUGCAUUGGCUUCUACUCUUGUGAACAAGUUCUUCUUGAUUUUUUCAAAAUGGGAAUGGCCAAAUCCUGUACUGCUGAAACAACCUGAAGAGAAUAAUCUUAAUUUACCAGUAUGGGAUCCUAGGGUCAACCCAUCAGACAGAUAUCAUGUAAUGCCUAUCAUCACCCCAGCCUAUCCACAGCAGAACUCUACAUACAAUGUAUCUACAUCAACACGAGCUGUAGUGGUAGAGGAGCUCAAACAUGGUCUCGCAGUUACAAAUGAGAUUCUCCAAGGAAAGUCAGACUGGCCAAAGCUCUUUGAACAACCAAAUUUCUUUCAGAAGUACAAACAUUACAUUGUACUGACUGCUAGCACCUAUACUGAAGAGCAUCACUUAGAAUGGGUUGGUCUUGUUGAAUCUAAAAUUCGUGUGCUGGUUGGAAACUUGGAAAGGAAUGAAUUUAUCAAUAUUGCACAUGUAAAUCCACAGUCUUUCCCUGGCAACCAAGAACGCUGUAAACAGAGUGGCUAUGUGUCAAUGUGGUUUCUUGGAAUCAUAUUUAGGAAAUUGGAAAGUGCAGAAAGUACUAAGAUUGAUUUAACAUACGAUAUACAGUCAUUCACAGAUGCAGUUUACAGGCAGGCAAACAACAUUAACAUGCUAAAGGAAGGUAUGAAGAUUGAGACAGCUUAUGUGAAGAGAAAGCAUCUCCAUUAUUUUUUGCCUGCAGAAACCUUACAAAAAAGGAAGAAGCAAAGCAUGCUAACUAUUAGUCAAAAUGCUAGUGGGCUUCGGUGCGAAAGAGCCUCUUCAAAUGAAAGCUUGAACAGUUCCAGAGACAACAGCUCCAGAACACCAUAUAAUUCCUCUUCAUUAAGUAUGAUAUCUAAAUUGGACACUUCUACAGCAGAGUUGGAAAGAAAUGCCAUAAUUUGGAGAACGAACGGUGCUAACAAUAGAGAGAAGAUGACUCAUGUAGCUGUGUCACCGAUGUCCAAGGGAGUCUCUGUUCCAGUUAUUGGUUCAAAAAUGGAGGCUGCAGUUGCCAUAAGAACAUCAGGACCUCCAUCUGACUGCACCAUUCCUACAGUCAUAGGACAUAAUGCGAUUUCUCAACUUAGAACAUGUUUUGUCCAAGGACAGCAUGAACUAAGUGGGAUUCAAAUUACAAAUUCAAAGAGUGCUGCACCUAAACGACCUCAUUCACCUGUCUCAAAAGAAAGCUCCAAGAGAUCAAAAGACAGAGAAAAGUUAAUUGGCCGUGAUUCAGCCUUCAAAGAUGAUGGUAAUCCAGAAGAUGUAAAGAGAAGAUCUACAGAAAAUGUUGGCCUUGGAGGAAAAAACAGGCUGAUUGCAAGUAUUGACACAUCAAUGUCACAGAGGCUUUGCAGUGAAGAACUACCAGAUUCUUCAUCUCCUAUUCCAACAAAUGGUAUUCGUAUUAUUAAAAGAUCCAUCAGACUUACUCUUAACCAGUAACCAGUAUCUUCAGGUGUUGUAAGAUACUCCUAUCACUGUGUAGCUUUUGCAAGAUCAUUUGCUGCUGAGUCACUGGCUACGGAAAUCAUACUGCUAUUUUUAAGUAGUACUAGCUUAGACACUUGCUUCCUCUGGAACUGCUUCAUGUGUACCCUUGCAUUAGCUGUACUUCAGUCUUUUUAAAAGUCUUAAUUAUCACUAGCUGAAACAGCUUUUUGAAAAAGCCACAAACAGCUCGUCCUGUGACUUGAAUUCAGAAUGUAUGUGAAGAGGGUUAACUAGUCGCUGCAAACACGUUCUGGCUUCAAGUAUGUAUUCAUGUGUACUUUCCUAGUUGAUGUGGAUGUAUUGUUCUUAAAGUAUUUUCCAGUUUGGCACAUACACUCCUGUGCAUCUGUCACAAUGAUGCUCAGUUUUUACAGGCAGCAGUUUUCAGCUGUCUGGCACAGCUGUGUACUACACACCUAUUGUCUCUCAUAGAGGCCCAUAAAUCUUCACUAUUGAAGAAAAUGCAAUAGGACUCUAAAUAGUUGCAUGAAAACUUGUAGUAGUCUUAAAUCUGCCUCUAUAAACAAAUUUACAACACUGCUUACCCAGUUAAGUGCAUUAGAGUUUUUUUGGGGGGGUGGAAAGAAAUUAUAAUUAUGUAUAAAAAAAGAACAACAAUCUUACGCAUGUUUCUACUGUAAUUCUUUAUAAUCUGGUGUUUUUUGUAAGUGAACUUGAAUGUCUUUUCCAGAGUAUUUUUGUAUGUAUUGUAAAUACUAUCUUCCAAAGAAAUCUAAAAUUUGU